UGAAUGGAUGAUGCAAUACGAGUUUGACCAGUCAGACCGAAGUGGCCGAAGCACGCGCUGCUCUCCAGUCCUCGCCGACGAACCAACGCCGACACCGUCUCUGCAUAACGCUCUCUUACCUCACACGAAUCACUCUCUCCUUCUCCACCUGUUGGACUCAAGCCCUCAUCAUGUCUAAAGGUACGGUGGUUCUGGCCUACAGCGGUGGACUGGACACAUCCUGUAUUCUGGUCUGGCUGAAGGAACAGGGCUACGACGUCAUCACGUACUUGGCCAACAUUGGGCAAGAUGAAGAUUUUGAAUCUGCCCGGAAAAAGGCAGAACAUCUCGGCGCAAAGAAGGUUUUCAUUGAAGACCUGCGUUCAGAGUUUGUGGAGGACUUCAUCUGGCCCGCAGUUCAGGCCAAUGCCGUCUACGAGGACCGAUACCUGCUGGGCACCGCCGUAGCUCGGCCCUGCAUCGGCCGCCGGCAGGUCGAGAUUGCACGCAGGGAGGGUGCCCAGUUCGUCUCCCAUGGUGCCACAGGAAAGGGCAAUGACCAGAUCCGUUUUGAGCUCACGUGCUACGCCCUCUACCCUGAAGUUCAGAUCAUUGCACCGUGGAGGAUCCCUGAUUUCUACAACCGCUUCCGGGGGAGAACAGACCUGAUGGAAUAUGCACAGAAACAUGGCAUCCCUGUACCCGUCACUCCUCAGGCCCCCUGGAGCAUGGACGCCAACCUCAUGCAUAUAAGUUAUGAGUCUGGCAUCCUGGAGAAUCCCAAGAGCCAUGCUCCGGCUGACCUGUACCUGAUGACCAAGAACCCGGAAGAUUCUCCCAACACCCCCGAUGUACUGGAGAUGGAGUUCAAAAACGGACUGCCUGUAAAGGUCACCAAUGUGAAGGAAGGCAAAUCCAAGGACUCACCUCUGGAUAUCUUCUCAUACCUCAAUGAGAUUGGUGGAAAGCACAGUGUGGGCCGGAUUGACAUCGUAGAGAACCGUUUCAUUGGCAUGAAGUCCCGAGGGAUAUAUGAAACGCCAGGAGGCACAAUUCUGUUGAAUGCCCAUUUGGACAUUGAGACCUUUACCAUGGACAAAGAAGUGCGUCGGAUCAAACAGGGACUGAGUAUCAAGUUCGCCGAACUCGUCUACAACGGUUUCUGGUACAGUCCGGAGUGCGAUUUUGUGCGUCACUGCAUAGCCAAGUCCCAGGAGAAUGUGGAGGGCAAAGUACAGCUGUCUGUCUUCAAGGGUCAAGUCUACAUCCUUGGACGAGAGUCACCCAAGUCCCUGUACAACAAGGAGUUGGUCAGCAUGGACAUACAGGGAGACUACGACCCAUGUGAUGCCACUGGAUUCAUCAGGAUUAAUGCUGUCAGGUUAAGGGAACACCAUCGUUUGCAGGGUUUCUCCAGCAGCAAGAAGUAACCGUCGCAGUCCUGUGAAUCGUCUUUCUUGCCUCCUCUCUCCGCCGUGUCUUAAGCAGAAGCAGUAUUGGACUUUGUACCUCUAUUGUCUACUGUUUGUUGUAUUCAGGUUAUUUAGCACACUUUUCUUAGGUAGUGAGUAGUAGAGGGAGACGAAUCUAUCUUAAAAUGUGGGUGAGCAUUAUAAAAGUAUGCAUUUCAUAGUAUUUUCUCAUUCUUGCUGUCAUUUGUUUAGCGCACAAGUAUUUAAAGUAGGAAUUCUUUGUGUCAGAAAUAAAAUGAAGUGAAUUGUC